AUGGAUGCGUUGAAGGAGCUGAAGGACGGGUUGGACAAGUCGAUUCUGCUCGAUCUCACGGCUACACCGCUGGAGAACGUCGAGCACAUCCACAUCAACUCCAAGAUGGCCCGCAAUGAGAAGGCCGUCCUCGUCUCCAACGUCCGCGAGUUGACCCCGUUGUCUGUUCCGCCACCGGCGGCAGCUGGCACGGCUACUUCCCGCCGCUCAUCCGCCCGUGCUGUUGCUGGCGAUGCCGGCACAGAUGAUGGCGUGGCACCCAUGCGAGUGACUACAACGUCGGCGGCGACCACGGUUGGUGGAGUGAGCGGAGUUGGAGGCAAUGAGGUCAACGCCGGUGGCUUUCCCACGGCUGCGGCUCUGAAGGCCCAAAAGGCUGACUCGUCGGCUCUCCGUCAGCUCAAAUAUUUCCACCACACGGGCCUUGUUCUUGCUGCGGCUGUGCCUGCUGCGCUUGCCCUUUCCCCCUCUGCCCUCAACAUGCCUGUUGAUCUCGUUCUCUCUGCUGCGGUUCCCUACCAUGCCUAUGUCGGUACCGUCGGUGUCGUCGAGGACUACGUCCCCAGGGACUCCCAGGAGACCGCAAAGACCGUCGCCCUCUUUGUCGCCGGCCUCAUGGCCGCAGGCAUGUUCAAGGCAACCUUCUUUGGCUCUGGUCCCACAGAGGCCGUCAAGGCCCUCUGGCGGGAUGCCCCGGAGAAGAACGCCGACGCGUAA